GAUUUUUUUUUAAAUGUAGUAGUAGAUCGACUUGAGACAACGGGUGGAGUUGCCAAGGUGUUUUUCAAUAUCGACGCUAGCGCAAACCGCUGGCUGAACAACCGACAAAAUGAGACAAAUGAUAGCGAACCUGAACAAAAGAAAAAGGUUUACAACCCCCAAAUAGCUUCCCCCCACCUUGUCAGCGGCUUCAUCCAGACCAGAGGCUGA